AUGCCCACGACGACGAAAACCUUGAUGUUCUUGUCGGGCUUCCUCACCAGCCUCGGGGCCUCUGCCGUCAUCUGCUCUGUCCUUGGGACACAGGAGUGGGUCACCAGCACGGUGGGCGUUAGGGACUCUGUUUCUGACGGCAACGUUAUCAUCACCUAUGGGCUGUCUCGUGGGGAGAGCAUUCAGCAACUGAACCUCGGACUUGAAGAACCAACAAAAUAUUUUGAAGUCUUAGGGGUCUUGAACAACUCUUCUCAAAAAGCCCUGCACGUGGUGACCAUCCUGUUCCUGGCCCUCAGCCUGUGCGCCUCGCUGCUGAGCUGCGGGUUUACCUUCUACAACAGCGUCAGCAACCCCUACCAGACCUUCCUGGGCCCCGUGGGGGUGUACACCUGGAACGGACUCAGCGCAUCCUUCGUCUUCGUGGCCAUGAUGUUGUUUGUGGGGAACACGCAGUCCCAUCAUCUCUCGGAAGAGCUGUCCCGGCUGCUUUACCCGACAGUCACCACGACAGGCUCCACCCACAGUUACGGCUACUCGUUCUGGCUCAUACUGCUUGUCAUUCUUCUAAAUGUCGCCACUGUGGUCAUCAUCAUUUUCUACCAGAAGGCCAGAUACCAGCGGAGGCAGGAGCAGAAGAAGCCGCUGGAGUUCGCUCCGCGGGAUGGGAUUUUGUUCUGA